AUGUGUGGGAUCUUCCUGCCGGUGCCCUUCACCAGCAGCCCGCGGCAAUUCCGCGCGGGCCUGGUCAGCGACACGUACCUACAUGCGCAGUUCCUGGAGCGGGUGAAGAAGAACUACGACGAGUACCUGAUGACGCCGGAGCUGCUGGACCAGGUGGACACCCUGCGGCAGGAUGGGCAGAUCUACUCGCGCCUGGCGCGGUCCAUCGCGCCGGAGAUCUACGGCAUGGAGAAUGUCAAGAAGGCCCUGCUGCUGAUGCUGGUCGGCGGUGUGACCCGGCAGUUGCAUGAUGGGAUCCGCAUUCGCGGGGACAUCAACGUGUGCCUGGUCGGCGACCCGGGUGUGGCCAAGUCCCAGCUGCUGAAGUACAUCUCGGUGGUGGCCCCGCGCGGAGUGUACACCACCGGCAAGGGUUCCUCCGGAGUGGGCUUGACGGCGGCCGUGGUCCGGGACCAACUGACCGGGGAAAUGAUCCUCGAAGGCGGGGCCCUGGUCCUGGCGGACAAUGGGAUUUGCUGCAUCGAUGAGUUCGACAAGAUGGAUGACUCCGACCGGACGGCCAUCCACGAGGUGAUGGAGCAGCAGUCGGUGUCCAUCUCCAAGGCCGGCAUCAACACCAGCCUCAAUGCGCGAACGGCCAUCCUGGCGGCGGCCAACCCGGUGCACGGCCGGUACAAUGACCGGCUGUCCAUGCUGCAGAACAUCAACCUGCCGGCGGCCCUGCUGUCGCGCUUCGACCUGAUGUUCCUGCUGCUGGAUGUGCCGAAUGCCGAUGCGGACAUGCGCCUGGCACAGCACAUCACCACCGUGCACGCCACUUCCCGGCACCCGGAGCUGGACUUCAUCCCGGUCACGGCGGACAUCCUGCGCGCGUAUGUGGCCCAGGCGCGCCUGGUGGAGCCGGUGGUGCCGGACACCAUCGAGUCGCGCAGUCUGAUUGAUUACAUUGUCCGCGCGUAUGUGGGCUUGCGCGGUCGCGAGGCCAACAAGCGCGGUGGCGGUGGCGACUCCGGAUUUGGGGAUGCCCCGCGCCGGACAGCCGACGAGGACAACCUGGACAUGACGUACACCACGCCGCGUACGCUGCUGGGCAUUUUGCGCCUGUCGCAGGCACUGGCGCGCAUGCGCUUUUCGCCGGUCAUCGGCCAGGGCGACGUCGACGAGGCCAUCCGGCUGAUGCACUCGUCCAAGGAGUCGCUCUUCACGCGGAUGCGCGGCGGCCAGGAGGGCGGCGCCUCGGCCGGGCGGGACUCUCUCACGGCCAUCUACGAGAUCAUCAAGGAUGUGGCCAUCGAACACCCGGAUCUCCACUGCGACGUGCAGCAAGCUCGCGACAUCGCCCUCAGCCGUGGGUAUACGGCCGACAACUUCGACGAGUGCCUGCGCAUCUACGAAGACAACGGGAUUUGGAUCUUGGACUCGGCUCGCACCGGGCUCACGUUCAUCGGGCCAGAGUAG